AAUAACAUGGUAAAUGGUGGCUGAGUUCAAAGUUUGCAGUGGACAUGUGCAUGUAUUUUAAGAGUGAAAAGACACUCAAGUAGUCUAAAAAGUUCUUCCAUGGCGAAUAAUAAACUAUCUGGAGAGAAAACUUUCGAUUAUCAAUCACAAAAAGAAAGUCUUCCCCUACCAUCACUUGUACAAUCAUGUGCAAAAUAUUUAGAAGCAGUAAAACCAUUUGUGAGCAAAGAGGAGUUUUUCUACACAGAAAUGCAGGUUCAUUUGUUCCAGAAUGGAAUUGGAAAGGAGUUCCAUAAUAAGUUGGAAGAGCUUGCUAGAAACUCACGUAAUUGGCUUCAAGACUGGUGGUUUGACAUGUAUCUAAACUACAGAGGACCAUUGCCAGUUGUUAGUAACACUGCUGGUGGAGUUGAGUCUUUGACACCAUUUGAUCAACCAACACUUGGUGUGCAAUAUCAAAGAGCAUCUGUAUGGAUUUACUAUAUGGCAAAACUAUAUCUAAAUAUAAUACACCAAAAAUUACCAGUCCAGAGACAACAAAAAAAGCACCCAUUUGAUAUGUCACAAUAUUGCUACAUGUUUUGUGGUGGCAGAAUCCCGGGUGAAAAAUUUGAUACACCAGUAAACUUCAUACAUUUAUUGCCAACGAAAGAUGGAAAAGUAGAAGUUGUUGCUAAUAGUAAACAUAUUGUUGUUUUGAUGAGGGGAAGAAUAUUUACAGUAAAAAUUUUCGACAGUUCUGGAACUUUAUUGACUCCGCCGAAUAUAGAGAGACAGUUGCUGUUGAUUCGUGAUGAAUGUGAGAAACUUGAUGAUGGAGUGUCUAUUGGGUCUUUAACUUCAGAUGAUCGAAAUACAUGGUACAAGGCGUAUAAACAUCUUUGCCAACUGGAUAGACAAAAUAAAAUCAAUAUCAACAUAAUAAAUGAAGCCAUCUGUGCAUUUGCCUUUGACAAUAUCAAAACAUACAAUCUACAAGAUAGUUGCAAGCAUGCUAUACUGGGUGACUGUGUUAACCGCUGGUUUGAUAAAUCUUGUACGGCCAUUGUCUCUUCAACUGGAAUUAUUGGAACAAAUUCUGACCACCUACAUUUGGAUGGGAAUGUGGGCACGACAAUGUUACAAAUUAUACAUGACAACGUACAAAAAUGUCAAUAUCGAUGGCAGGGUGAUACGAGUCUACAGAUCAUGGAACAACCUUUGGAGCUUCAGUUUACUGUGGAUAAUUUCAUAUUGAAUGCUAUUAAGGAAUCACAAAGAAAACAUAGAAGAUUUGUUGCCUUGUUGGAUGUAAUUGAUAAGCCAGUGCCAGGCUAUGGAAAGUCGUACGCCAAGUCCGUCGGAGUUCAUCCAGAUUCGUUAGUACAAAUGGCGAUACAACUUGGCUACUACACAUUACAUCGAAAAGUGGCAUCAACUUAUGAAUCUGCUACAACACGUAUGUUUCGCAGUGGUAGAACAGAAACUUCCAGAAGUUGCACGUGUGAAUCGAAAGAAUGGGUGGAUGCCAUGUUUGAUGCAAAUUCGAAUAGAGAAACGCGCAAAAGAUUAUUUCGUCAAGCAGCUGCAAAACACAUCAAAACGUUAGGUGAAGCUUGUGACGGAAAAGGAUUUGAUCGACAUUUUUAUGUUUUGCAACGUAUGAUAGAAAAGGAAGGCCAACCUACACCAGGAAUUUUUACUGACAAAGCUUGGAAACUUAGUGGUGGUGAUGGGAACUUUGUUAUCUCAUCCAGUCUGUCUGGCUUCUUCCAAUUGCAUGGCGGGAUGGCACCCAUGAUUCACCACGGUUAUGGCGCUUUCUACACUAUAGAACCUCACAGAUUGAACUUAAACGUGAGUGCUUGGAAAACUUCUGAUCAAACAAAGUGUAGAGAACUGUACGACUCAAUUGUCGAAGCACUUCAUACGAUACACGAGUUGUUACUCGAUCACUCGAAAUUGUAAACACAUGGGUGUAUACGAAGAUAUCACUCGACUUAUUUGCCGAAGGCGAAAAACACUAUUGUGACCAGGAUGAUAUAUUAUGCGAGCGGAAUUUAAGAUGGUGUAAAAUAUUUUAGACGUUUUAUUAGAAUCAUUUUUAGUGUACAUACAAGCUGAGUUAGGUAGGUUAAAAAAUUGCAAUUUUUUGUUCUUGACCAGAUAAGCAGAAGCCUGCAGGCGAAUGCGUUGUAAAUAAAGUACCGCCAAGAUAGUUAAUUUGCUUCUCACCGCCACAAAGACGUUGUUUGAAAUAGCGAUGAGUAAUCGUAUGAGCAGUUCAGUGAUUUUUUUAAUAAUGUUCUUAAACACAAAACCAUGUAAAACCUAGAAUGUCAUUAGGUCCAGUACUUUUUUAAAUCUAGCAAAUAAAAUUGAAUAUAUUUUUUUACAUUUUA